AAUUAAUAAGAAUAAAAUACAAAUGAGAAAACCCAGGACCACUAAAGAACAAUAAACUUAACAUGUAAUUAAGGAAGAAAAGCCUAUAAGUGAUAAAUAUUCAGUAAAAUACAAUUCAAAAACUCAAUUGAGAUUAGACGAAAAGGACAGCUUUGUAUUAGGAGUGGCAGGAACUAAAAUAUAUAGUGUGAAAUGGGAUGCUGAGGACAAAUAUAUAGCAUGUGCUUGUGAGAAUGGAACUGUUCGAAUUUUUAAUGUCAAGAAAAGAUAACUGUCUUAUUAGAUAUAUUCUCUUGUUAAAAACAUUCCUUUCUUGUAUGUGAAAUGGAGACCUCAAGCAUAACAAUUUAAGACAAGAAAUAUCUUUGUAACAGGAAAUACAAAAGGAGAAGUACAACAUUGGCAUAUGACAAGUGGAAAGUGUUUGGGAACAAUGAAAGAAGACAAUACAGAUAUUUAUUGUAUAAAUUACAAUUAAGAUGCUACUAAAUUAGCAGUGUGUGGAUUGAAUCCUAUAAUUAGAAUUCAUGAUGAAGAGUUAAGAGUGGUAGAUGUAAGAUUAGGGGUAGAACAAACACAACCUCCCGGCCAUAACAACAGAGGUAUUGAAUCAUCAUAACGUAGUUUAUUGUGUAAAAUUUCAUCCUUAAAAUCCUAACAUGUUGAUAUCAGGUGGCUGGGAUUAUAGAGUAUUAUUUUGGGAUAUCAGUCAGAAGAAGCCUUAGGCUAAUUAAAUUUACGGGCCAUUAAUUUGUGGGGAUGGCAUAGACAUGAGAGAGACUUUUGAUGGAUAACAAUUACUAACAGCUUCAUGGACACAAGAGAAACAGUUAUAUUUUUCAUCUUGAUUGUAAACUCAUUUGUAAUUUUGAUUGGAAUUCUCAAAUAAAGGUUAGCAAUUAACCUUGCCAGUUGUAUAGUGGAUAGUUCUCCAGACAAUUUGAUAAUUAAUUAACUUUAGCUGGAGGAUCUGAAGA